CGACUGAGCUCCCUGUCCUUCUAUCAGCAUGCCUCGCAUCCCGUACAAGAACCCGGCAAAGGGCACCUCGGUCGUCGGCGACGCCAUGCGCGACCGCCGUGGCCCUCGAGGCCUCACCCCGCUCGACCAGACCCUCCUCAACGCUCCCGAAAUCGCCAACGGCUGGAACACGCUCCUCGGCGCCGUGCGCAACCGCAACUCGCUCCCCGACGACAUCCGCGAGCUUAUGAUCCUUCGUGUCGCCGCCCGCAAUUCGGCCUGCUUCGAGUGGAUCCACCACGCCCAUGUCGGCACCGACGCCGGCCUCACCAACCAGCAGCUCACCAUCAUCCGCGACCUGUACACGCCGCUGCCGACCCCUGCCGCCCCGGGCGUCCUCUCGCCGUUCCAGGCCGCCGCCCUGCGCUUCGCCGACGCAUCGACAUUCAGUGUCAACGUGCCCCAGUCGAUCCUCGACGAGCUCAAGGAGCACCUCAAGGACGACCAGCAGCUCCUCGAGGCGACGGCCGUCGCCGCGACGUACAACAUGGUCUCGCGCCUCCUCGUCACGCUCGACGUCGGCGACAUGGGCGCCAUCAGUGUCCCGCUCCCCGAGACCGAGCAGACUGAGCACGACGUCGAGGUCGACGACGGCGUGACGCUGCACGUCCGCGUCGCCAAGCGCGACGACGCGAGCCCGUGGCUCGUGUUCGUCAACUCGCUCAUGACCAACCAGAAGAUGUGGGAGGGCGCCUUGCCGCGCCUCAGCAAGAAGUACAACCUCGUCACGUACGAUCAACGUGGUCACGGCAAGUCGUCGGUCCCGCCAAAGCCCUGCACGCUCGAGGUGCUCGCCGGCGACAUCGCCACCAUCCUUGCCAAGCUCUCGAUCCCGACGCCCAUCCACGCCGUCAUCGGCGUCUCGCAAGGCGGCGCCACGACGCUCGCCCUCGCGCAGCACCACCCGGACCUCUUCGACCGCCUCGUCGCAUGCGACACGCAGGCCACGUCGCCCGCCGCCAACGCCGCCGCAUGGAACGAGCGCAUCGCGCUCGCCCGCAACGAGGGCUCGAUGGUGCCGCUCGCCGACGUGACGGUCCCGCGCUGGUUCCCGAGCGGCGCGACUAGCGAGUUCAACGUCGGCGGGCGCCGGGCCCACUUCAUCCACGACAUGGUCGCGACGACGCCGAUCGAGGGCUUUGCGGCGGGCGCGGCCGCGCUCCAGGGUUACGACGUCCUGCCCGGGCUCGCCGACAAGCUCAAGGGCGGCGACGGCAAGAAGGUGCUCCUCGUUGCGGGCGAGCGCGACGGCGCGCUCCCCGGCGUGCUCAAGGGCCUCGCCGACAAGCUCAAGGCCGACGGCGUCGACGCCAGGUUCGAGCAGAUCCAGGGCGCAGGCCACUUGCCCAUGGUCGAUGCGACCCAGCCCUGGCUCGACGUCGUCGAGGACUUUCUUGCAUAGACCCGCUCGUCUCUCUCUUCUGUAGACGUUCGUGCAAGAGAUCUAUCGUCGUUGC